UCGCACCGAAAGUUCUCUGCUCCAAGGCAUGGCUCUCUCGGCUUUCUGCCCCGCAAACGCAGCAAGAGACAUCGUGGCAAGGUCAAGAGCUUCCCUAAAGAUGACCCCAGUAAACCAAUCCAUCUAACAGCUUUCCUGGGUUAUAAAGCUGGUAUGACCCACAUUGUCAGGGAGGUGGACAGGCCUGGCUCAAAGGUAAACAAGAAGGAAGUUGUCGAGGCAGUGACUGUGGUAGAAACGCCUCCCAUGGUUAUCGUUGGCAUUGUGGGUUAUGUCCAGACUCCACGAGGUCUCCGCAGCUUCAAGACCAUCUUCGCUGAACACAUAAGUGAUGAAUGCAAAAGGCGCUUCUACAAGAACUGGUAUAAGUCAAAGAAGAAGGCCUUUACGAAGUACUGCAAGAAGUGGCAGGAUGAAGAAGGCAAGAAGCAGCUGGAAAAAGACUUCAGCAGCAUGAAGAAAUACUGCCAGGUCAUCAGGGUCAUUUCCCAUACACAGAUGCGCCUCCUGCCCUUGAGACAGAAGAAGUCUCAUCUCAUGGAGAUCCAAGUUAAUGGUGGUACAGUGGCUCAGAAGGUUGACUGGGCACGUGAGAAGCUAGAGCAGCAGGUACAAGUGUCUGGAGUCUUUGGGCAGGAUGAAAUGAUUGAUAUCAUUGGAGUCACAAAAGGAAAGGGUUACAAAGGUGUGACUAGCCGUUGGCACACAAAGAAACUGCCACGUAAGACUCACAGGGGUCUGCGAAAGGUUGCUUGUAUUGGAGCCUGGCAUCCUGCCCGAGUUGCCUUCUCUGUUGCUCGUGCUGGCCAAAAGGGAUACCAUCACCGGACUGAGAUAAAUAAGAAGAUCUACAAAAUUGGACAGGGCUACCACUCAAAGGAUGGUAAACUUGUGAAGAACAAUGCUUCAACUGAUUAUGACCUUUCAGACAAAAGUAUCAACCCUCUGGGUGGUUUUGUUCACUAUGGAGAAGUGAAAAAUGACUUUAUCAUGCUAAAGGGUUGUGUUGUUGGGACCAAGAAGCGAGUUCUCACAUUGCGCAAGUCUCUGCUUGUGCAAACAAGUCGUCGUGCUUUGGAGAAGAUUGAUCUUAAAUUUAUUGACACCACCUCUAAAUUUGGACAUGGUCGUUUCCAGACAGCAGAGGAAAAGAAGGCUUUCAUGGGACCACUCAAGAAAGACCGUCUGGCAAAGGAGGAGACUGCCUAA